GUUGUGAGAAAAUCUAAUAUCCAUCGUAUAGUAGUGCGUUGUUUACUAACAGGCAACAGGUCUGUAUAUAUAAGGCGGGGCCCGGCGACUUAGUCAGACGAUAUUUAAACUCAAGCUAGACACAUACAGCGAUCGCGUUAGUCGAAAAUAAUAAUGAUAUCUAAAACAGUGUUCGCUUUUGCUGUGCUAAGCGUGUUUGUGCCAAUGUUGGCAGGUACUCCUCUGCAGACAAGGGCUACCACGCAAGUGGAACGUGUAAGCAUCAUCGCGCUGGAGGACGCCUGCGUAAGACAAGGUGGCAUGUGUGUUCGUAUCGAGGACUGCCAGCCCGGUAACCUGGUGCAAAUGAGAGGCUCGCUAUGCCCCUUGCAAAGGCAUCGCGGAGUCGAAUGCUGCUAUCUUGAAUGACGUCGAUAGAUCAACGUGGAAAUCCGCCUUAAUAAAAAAAAAACUAUUUAAGAAAUUUAACUUAACUUAAUUAUAAGAAUUAGAUUGUAUUGAAAUAUUAUUUAUUUAUUAAUAAAGCAUGUAGAAACAACUGAAUACUUAAAUUUUAUAAACUCUUACGUGAGCUGUUCCGAUUUCUAAACGUUUUGAUAUUAUUUUUAAUCAAAUCAGUACUUAACAUACAACCAUUCUCGUUCACCUUAUUUAUAUAAUUUAGAUAUAAUUACUUACCCAUAAAGUUUAUCUGCUAAGAUAUAAUGUUUUGAAACAAAAUUAAAUGAACACUUACAAAAACAUAUAUGCAUAUGAAAAUACUGCUAUUAUAUUGCUAUAUAAUAGACUAAUGUAAAAACGUUUAGAACGGAAAAAAUACACUAAAAGCUAAUAAUUAAGACACAAUAUCUAUACACACACACUCACAUACACACUCAUACUCUCACAAUAAGUGCAUAGUUUAAAUAAAUUAUACUUAAUUAAGAUAUAAAUGGAAUUAAAUUCUUCAAUUCAAUAUAUAUAGUUCUUGUAUAUCUUUUACAUAUUAAUAGCUUUUAAAAACUAAUUAAAUUGGACAUUUUUCAAAUAUCUGUCAAAGCGCAACGAGCAAUUUCAAUAUACAGUUAAUCAAAAACGUUUCAUACAUCGAUAUAAUAUCUAAAACUUAAUCUAAAUGCCUGGUCGUCGAGAGCAUCAAAGCAAACAAAGGCGCAGUCGUAUCAAGGGGUAUGAAUUGGUACGAACGAAUAAUUUAAAGCUCAGUGUCGCAUAUUCGCGUGGGCUUCAAUACCAAUACACUCAUUACCUUUUGUGUGGCACGGAAAAUCCGCCGCCCGUUGCGCUUUGUCAUUAGACACUACCAUAUGUUUCACCUUGAAUUAUAUCAUAUUUUUACUUGUCGUGUAUUAAAAAAAAAUGCAAAUAUGGUUUAUUUUGUAAGUAAUAAAUAAAUAAUUAUAUUUAAUU